AUGUUACCCUUAUACAUAUUAACAUCGGCAAAGAACCAGCCAAUAUUGGUUGAAUUGAAAAAUGGGGAAACUUUGAACGGAUUAUUAACUAAUUGUGAUUCAUGGAUGAACUUAACUUUAAGUGAAGUAAUUCAAACAUCUCCAAAUGGUGAAGAUUUCUUGAAGAUACCUGAAAUAUAUAUCAGAGGUAACCAUAUUAAAUACUUAAGAUUACCUGAACAAACUAUGGACCAAGCUAAAGAACAAAAUUUAAUAAAUAUGGAACAAAGAAACAAAAAUCAAAGAAGAAGAGGUAACAAUAACGGAAAUUAUAACAAUAAUGGCAACUUCAACAGAAGACGUAAUGAUAAUAAUCAAAGUAACAGAAGAAAUUUCAAUAAUCGUCGUUUCAAUAAUAAUAAUAACACGGAAUAA